UCAAGAGGAGUCAUGCUUGCUGCGUGUCUGGAGUUCAUGGGCUUGGCGCUGUGCCUCACGGGCUCGCUGCUCGCGAUGGUGGCGUGCGGGCUGCCCAUGUGGAAGGUGACCGCCUUCAUCGACUCCAACAUCGUGGUGGCUCAGACCAUCUGGGACGGCCUGUGGAUGUCGUGCGUGGUGCAGAGCACGGGCCAGAUGCAGUGCAAGGUGCACGACUCGGUGCUGGCGCUGACGCAGGAUCUGCAGACGGCGCGGGCCCUCACCGUCAUCUCGGCGGUGCUCGGGGUCGUGGCGCUCACGGUGACGGUCGCCGGGGCGCAGUGCACCAACUGCAUCAAGGACGAGACGGUGAAGGCGAAGGUGGUGAACGCCGGGGGCAUCAUUUACAUCGUGAGCGGGCUCUUCGUGCUCGUCCCGCUCUGCUGGAUGGCCAACAACAUCAUCGUGGACUUCCACAACCCGCAGGUCCCGCCGUCCAAGAAGCGCGAGAUCGGCGCGGCGAUCUACAUCGGCUGGGCCGCCACGGCGCUGCUGCUGCUCGGCGGGACUCUGCUCUGCUGCUCCUUCUCCCAGGGGGUCAGGGGCGCCUACUACCCCAAGUACGCCCCCACCAAGACGAUCACAUCCAACGGGGACUUGAGCCUUAAGAAGCAUUAUGUAUAAACUUUAAGUUUUGUAAAUUUUUUUUGG